AUGAACCAUAUGCGUGGCCUCGUCUCGCCGGCGCAAGCUUUGCGUCAGAUCUUCUUCAAUUCUCCCCAUGUCUCCCGAUCCGCUCUCGUUCGGACGCAGAUCUCUUCCAGUUGCUUUGAGUCACGCAACUUCUCCCAGUCUCCGGCCCUGACCCGACCGGUCGUACGAACUCCAAAUGCACCAACCGUCAUCAAAGAUGAGGCCAUUGGCACCCGACUCGUUCAGCUUGUCGAUGAAGAACAGAACCUGAUGCCUCCGAAAAGACUUGCAGAAGUGCUUGACUCCUUUGAUCGCAGCAAAUUCUUUUUACUACAAGUAUCUCCCGGCGAUGAGAAUCGACCUCCGGUGUGCAAGAUCCUGAAUAAAAUGGAGGCCAAACAACAUGAGAAAGCCAAGGCAAAAUCGGCCAAGGCGCAAAAAGUUCAAACGAAACAGAUCGAGCUCAACUGGGCAAUCGACGCCCAUGAUCUAUCGCACCGCCUCAAGCAGCUGACUAAUUUCCUGGAGAAAGGUCGCAAAGUGGAGGUUGUCAUGAAGCGAAAGAGAUCGAAGAGACCUCCUACUGUGGAUGAAAUCAAGCAUGUGAUGCAGACCGUGUUAGAUACAACAAGAGAGGCUGGCGCGACGCAAGUGAAGGCGAUGGAGGGAGAGCCGGGGAAGCAGGUGAUUAUGACUGUGAAAAAGGAAUCUUCCUAA